CACUUGGACAGCUAUUACAAGUAAACCAAAGAUGAGGUCAGCAGUGAUUCUCAUGAGUUUGCUUUAUGGCUGUAUGUUAAUUGAAGGAUUUCCCGGGACAAAGGUUGAUAUCGAAGCCACUCUGAAUGCUAAAGAACUCAUUCAAUACUGGCAGUACCCAUGUGAGGAGUAUGCGGUUAUGACUGAAGACGGUUAUAUCAAUACUCUAUUCAGAAUUCCACACGGCAGAGUAAAGGAUAUCAGCGAAAGUCUGAAUCCAAAGCCAGUGGUGUUUCUUCAACAUGGUUUGCUUGUAGAUGCUUCCAACUGGUACCAAAAUCUUCCUCAUAACAGCCUGGCUUUCAUAUUAGCAGAUGCUGGAUAUGAUGUUUGGCUAGGAAACAGUCGAGGAACAACUUGGUCAAAAAAACAUACCUCUUUUUCACCAAUAUUUGCAAAGUAUUGGGAAUUCAGUUAUGAUCACAUGGCCAAAUAUGACCUUCCAGCAUUUAUAGAUUUUGUUCUUCAGAAAACUGGACAGCAACAAGUGUAUUAUAUUGGUCAUUCACAAGGAACAACAAUGGCUUUUAUAGCUUUUUCUACAAAUCCCCUGCUUGCCGCAAAAAUCAAGCUAUUUGUUGCCUUGGCACCUGUAGCCACAGUUAAGCAUGCAAGAACUCCUCUAGCAACACUUGGUAAACUUACUGAUUUACAAGUCAAGCUCCUGUUUGGAGACAAAGACUUUUUGCCUAAAUCAUAUUUUGGUUCUAGAGCAGCUGCUGCAAUGUGCAGCCAACAAAAUCUUGCACUUUUCUGUGAAAAUCUCCUGUUCAUAGUAGCUGGAGUUAACGAAAACAACUUAAAUCUGAGCCGAAUAGAUGUUUAUGCAGCACAUGCCCCAGCUGGAACAUCUGUACAGAAUAUGAUCCAUUGGAAACAGGCAUUCAAUGGAGGCAAACUUCAAGCAUUUGAUUAUGGCUGGCUAAGAAACCGAAUUCAUUAUAACCAGGCUGAACCUCCUGAAUACGAUGUAACAAAGAUGACUGUGCCAACUGCAAUUUGGAGUUGUGGAAAUGACUGGCUUUCUGGUCCUACUGAUGUUGAUGCUCUAAUCCCUAAAAUCAAAAACCUCAUUUUACAUGAGCGUAUUCUUGAGUGGAAUCAUCUAGAUCCUUUGUUUGGUCUUGAUGUAAAUGAAAAACUGUAUCCUAAAAUUCUUAAUUUGUUACAGAAGGAUCCUUAA